AUGUCCCGUCUAAUGCGUGCUGAUGCCACACUACAAACAAUAUCGCUUUCACGUACCGACACCGAUGCUCCGGCGCCUCCUGGCUCCAUCUGCCUGAUUCCUGGCGACGGGCCCGAGGGCAGAACUAGUUUUCUCCUCAGCAUAAAAAAAAACGAGAUCACACUCCUUUUAACUCUAAAGAUGAACAGGAAGCUGACGCUGGGUGCUGGUCCCAAUUUGGUCCCAGACGUGUCCGAUAUUGACCUCCCUAUAUUCUGGACA